AUGAGGUUGCCACUGCUUGUGAGCGCGCUUGCCGUGCUCUGUUGCACGCGCGGCGGGGUCGCGCUGGAGUUAGGCCAUACCGUGUCCUUGAAGAACACGCCAGACGCAAGUACACUGAACAUCCAAGUGGAGAAUGACAAAAAUAAAAUAUGCAAAAAUGCAUUUCUAUACCUAAACGUAGCCGAACUGCUCUCUCAAAAUGAAGAAGAUUCCUAUGUGCAAAAAUGUGAAGAAGUUCUCGAAGGCAUAAAGAAUGAUACUCCAAAUGAGACUACCGAAGCGGAGAUAAAUGAAUUCAUACUGAGUUUACUGCACGCUCGUUCAAAUUAUUCAAUAAUAAAUGAAGGAGAUGAACAAGUAUUAAGUAAGCUUCUUAGGAGUUUAAAUGCAUCCAUGAGUGAAGAAGCAGCUUUGAAGAGAGCCAAGCACUUAAUCAUGUAUAACCGAUUUAUAAAAGACAGAUCAAGCGUAAAGAAUGUACAGGAAACGUUAGUUAUAAGUAGUAAAGAAGAUGAAUACACAAAUAAAGCAAAGCAAAAUAUGAUAGAAAGUAUUAUAAACUCUUUCGAUACCUUCGGUGAUUAUUUAGUAAUAUGGGGUGGAACUGUUAAGGUACCUAAAAGAUACUCCGCAGAAAAUUUCAUGUCCAUUAAAAAUAAUAAAUUCUGUACCACUCAUAUUCAUUUAUGUCAGAAGUUUUAUGAACAAUCUGUAAUCUAUUACAGAUUGAAAGUUAUUUUUGAUAAUUUAUUAACCCACGUGGAUCAGAACUCAAAGCAUUUUAAAAAGGAGAAGUUGUUAAAACUACUAAACAUGGAAUAUGUUUUAGAUAAGGAGUCCCAGAUUUAUCAUAAUUAUGUUCUGGAGGAUGAAACAGUUGUUCCUAGAUUCCAUGUUACAGAUGUGAAUGGAAAAAGAAAGUUGAGUGUGAGGGUAGUUCAGGACGGGAAUAGCAAACUUAUGUACGGGAAGGAUAUUGAUUUAAGAGAAGUUAGCGACAAAUAUGUUGUUACGAUGAAGAACCUGCGCAGAGAACUGAAUGACGAGGGGCUUUACGCCGACUUGAUGAAGACGAUUAAAAACUACAUCCUCUCCAUCACGCAAAUUGACAACGACAUUUCCAAUUUGGUGCGCGAAUUGGACUACGAAGACAUCGAGAAGUUCCUCAUCGACCUGAACUUUUUCCUCUACUAUGGCUUCCUUAAAAUCGAAGAAGACAAAAACAUGAUUACCUUCAACGACGUAGCACCCACCUUCACAAAUCUGUACAAAGCCAACCACAUCCUCUUCCUCUAUCUGUUAAAGACGGGCUUCGAAGAAAAUAAAAAUUCAGAAUAUCUGGCCUUCAAAUUUUACAAAAACAUAGAAUAUAAAAAGGUACCCAAUGAAAAGGCCUACGCCUUAUUCAAAGAGAAGGACCCACUCACCAAUCUCCCGAAAAUUUCUUCCGAACCUGUGAACCAACAUUUUUUGAACAUCUUCUCCAGCCCUCCUGAAAACCACAAUAUGCUUUACACGGAGAUUAGCAAGUUCCAGUUUUUUUUCUCUAUGGCCUUUAAGGAUUGCAACAUUAACCAGAGUUAUUCUGCCAAUUCGAAGGAACUCUGGAGCGAACUCCUCUACGCCUUUGACAACUUGGGAUGGUUUUACGUCAGCCCACAUAGCAUCAUUUCUAGUCUUUCCAGAACAAGCUUCGUCAGGCAAAUGCUCAUCAGCAGAAACUUCAUUCUGAGGAACAAUGAAGCACUCACCUUUUUGGAUACGCAAGUGGCGAAACUCAUGGACCUAAUCCACCUCUCCCUGGGGGUAGACAAAUCAAGAGACACACUGGAUUUUUCCAUUCCCAGCAAGUUCUUCCACUACGAAAAUGAUUUCAACACUUUGAAGGAAAAUGAUAAAAAGAGAAUUAUGUUCACAUAUGAUUAUAUCGAUUCCAUUGCAAAUAAUUAUUAUUUCUACCAUGAUGUGAAAUAUCAAGUCUUCAAGACUGAGUAUGAAGGAAGAUUCUUCACAUCAUUUCCUAAUGUAUACAGUCUUGCGUAUCAGUUGUUCAAUGAGCUAGCCAUCAACAUGAACGUCGUUACCAAUGCACCUCUGAAGAAGAAACUGAAGGAUAAGUCGAAGUACGCGUGGUUCACCUUGCUUAACAUCAUUGGCAAGAACCAUGAUAUUUAUUCCAAGGGUCCUCGCCUAGUCUUCGCGGCCUACAUGUUGGCUCUAGUCUACUUCAUCGAGUCACACAUCGACAUAUCUCGAUACCAACCAAAGGAGUACUAUUUCAUGAAGCAGUCGUUGCCCCUGAUAGAUAACGUACACAAAAGCGGAUUCAAUAUGUUGAAGAAGAGAUGUGACAUGCUAAUUAACUUCAUGAAGAUAAACAAGACAACUCAGAAAUACCAGAUGACCAACAUGGAGGAAUACAUUAAGCUCAUGAACUUGACUGCCAUUGUUUUGUGGGGAAAGGAAAGUAAAAAAUCUGUGUUCUACGACGAUAAUGUUAGUCUGUACAAGAAGUUGAUGAUUGCCUGUGUUUUCAACGGGGGCAAGACUGUGCAGGAGAAGGCUAUCGAAAGCAUCAACAAGUCUUGUGACGUGAAGUUCUACGGACUGAACCCGAACAGACUAGACGAGUUCAUAGACAUCAACAUGAGUAUCAACAAGUGGAACCCAAUGAUUCUGGAGAAGCAAGCACAAUCCUUUGUACUAAGUUGUAAAACUCAAAAACUACUGUAUAACAAUAUCAACGUAGAAAAAAUAAAACUUGAAAAUUUCUACAAACUGGCAGAUGCCCCAGAGAUGAUUAAGACAUACCAUUGCUUCAAAUUAGGACGACAAGCUGCAUCUUUGCUAGAAUCCAUUAUCUUAAAGAAAAAAUUCGUUCAAUUCAGAGUUAAGGAUGCCAUGGAUGUAUAUGAUUUUUUCUACAUAAAUAAAGUUCUUUCAAAUAAUGUUCGCCGCGACUUCGAAAUAUUCUUAAAGGAUAAGCAGGCUUAUGAGAAGAACCAGAAUGAAAUUAUUAUCACGAACAGCCCUCUUGGCCCGGAGAAGACGAAGAAGCUCAUUGAUGAACACCAGUGCUACUGGUUUAGUAGCUACGACAACUUUAAAGUUUUGUGGAUGCACGUUUCAAGUAACAUGGGAACUGGAACUUACUUGAAAAACUUCUUCUCGGAAAUAUGGAGAAACAUGCACUUCAUAUUCAAGAAGAAAGCCACGGUCAAGGAUGUAGAAUUCUUCGGAGGAGACUUGCCACAAAAGGAUGUAAUAGACUACUACUCUCCACUGGUCCACUCAGAGUCGCACUGCCAAGAGAAAAUGCAAUCCCUUUUCGCAUCCUUAAGAGAUAACGAUGAGAAUAACCGUAUGGAUAUCCCAGAUCAAAUAAAGAAAGCCUACUUUCAGUGCAAAUUGGAUUAUUACAAGAAUAACCACAAGGAUAAAACGCACUUAAUUAAACCAAGGGAUUUCCUCGACAAGAAAGUGUACGUUCUGAAGCAGCCAUAUUACCUCAUUGGCAACAUAGACAACACGCAUAAGGAAAAGUUGAUUCGUCUUUUUGUAACGGAAAGCACACUAGAUUAUCUACUCCUAGAUAAUAUAAAUAUCCCCGAAUGCUUUGGACCUUGUACCAUUGACCACUUCAAUAAAGUUGUUCUACAACACGAAAAAACAAGCAAACAUGACCAAGUAAUAAAGAAUGCAUUAGUACCAGAUAAUACCGCUUCUCAGAAGAGGAAGGAAAUGACAGUAUAUGUUAGCAAUAUCUAUGUUCAUAAUAUAAAAACGGAUUAUUUAACUAAGGAAGAAAUUACGAGAAAAGAUAUUCAAGAAAAUAAAGUCAAGGUGUGCUUAGGAGUGGGUACUUACUUCAAUAAAAACUUCCUUACGGAAGAACAUUUUAAUUUGUCGCACAAGCCCGUGUUAGAUUUUACCGAGGAUCACAAUUUUAAAGUAUUCCUCAAGAAGAAUGAAGCUCAGGUCUCCAAAAAUGAGAACGACAUUUGCUUCGUUAACUACAACUUGGCCAUUACAAAUAUAGAAAUAACCGACCCGUACCGAGAAAUCAGCGAAGACUUGAUAAAGAAUUUGUACAUUUUAAAAAAUAAAUAA